ACAAGCCGCGCGGCGAUUGGCUCUCCGCGCGCGGCCCAAUGGGGCGCCGCCUUGGUGGGCGGUGGCGGUGGCAGCGGGAGCGGCGGCCGAAGCCGGGGCGUGAGGGGGCUGCGUGUUUCCGGAAGACGUGGCGGCUGCUGCUGUGGGCGCCGCCACUGCCGCCGCCGGUUUUCUCCCUCGCUUCCUUUCCCGCCCGGGCGAGCUCCCUUCUCCGAGCGCUGUGGACGCGCGCCCGGCGCCCCUCUGGCCGGCACCAUGAUCUCCCUCACGGAUACUCAGAAGAUUGGAAUGGGGCUCACAGGUUUUGGAGUAUUUUUCCUUUUCUUUGGAAUGAUCCUCUUUUUUGAUAAAGCACUUUUGGCUAUUGGAAAUGUUUUAUUUGUGGCCGGCCUGGCUUUUGUGAUUGGUUUAGAAAGGACGUUCAGAUUCUUCUUCCAGAAACACAAAAUGAAAGCCACAGGGUUCUUUCUGGGUGGUGUUCUUGUAGUUCUCAUUGGCUGGCCCUUGAUAGGAAUGGUCCUUGAAAUUUAUGGCUUCUUCCUCUUAUUCAGGGGCUUUUUCCCUGUGGUGGUUGGUUUUAUUAGAAGAGUACCUGUUCUUGGAUAUCUCUUGAAUUUACCUGGUAUAAGUUCACCUGCGUAGGCUCAGGAGACAGUCCCCAGUAAUGCUUGUAGAUAAAGUUGGAGAAAGCAACAACAUGGUAUAAUGACAAGUAUGCAGAAGACUGGUUCUAAGCGUAUAUUAUUUAUAAGGUUCUUUUGAAGAAAAGAUCAGCACAAAGAUUCUGUUGUGUACAAAGGCAAAGUUUAUAAUGGUCUUGACGUAAGUUUUUAAUUUACACCGUAGUCUACAAAAUACAUCUUUAGCAAAGAAAAACGGAGCAGGCAUACAUCCAAGACUUGCAGCUCCAGGAAUGUUGUUAACUAAACUGAAGAAAAAGUCAUGGGGAAACUCAUGGUAUUAAACUAUUCAAGACUUCUUAAUGAUUUUGGAGUAUGUGCUAAACACUGCAGAGCCCCCCCUGGAACUAACGGUGCCUGUAACUUUACCUCCUACUUCUGAAGGUGUGGUAGAGCAAACAGGGCUUCAUUUAUAAGGCAUGGUUCUUCUCUCUUCCCACCUGCCAAACUUUCUACUUGCACCUCUCCCUUGGAAGAAAGUAAAUCCUUGCCCCAGCCCCCAUGUUUCUUCUGUGGAAAGCAAGAGGCUUCUUUCAGCGCGAUGCAUGGCAUUUAAGAUGGAUCGUCAUCUUUAACUAUGCUGGAGAGCAGAGGAUGUCAAUACGCAACUCUGCUGUAUUAAUCUCUUUGUAAAUCUGUGGCUGAAAUAAAACUGGUUUGUAGGAAAAGGUUUCAAGCCAAAUGUAAAUUCAGAUUAGAUAUGUCUUUGGAAUAUGCAAAAAGGUCAAUUUUUUUAAAAAAAAGAAAUGUAGAACUUCAGUCUUAAACCACUCCUGGUUUUGAUAUCUGUUUGGUUUGGCAGGGGCUAUGGAAACCAAUUUUACACUCCCUUUUUUUUGUCUGGUUCCCUUUGACCAAUGUUACAUGUGUAUGUUGCAAAAAAAAAAUAUGUAGCCCUUUUGUCAUUGAAUAAACUUUAUACACAUCAUGUUUAACUCAUGAAAUGACUUGCUUGGUUCCAAGGUGCUCACGGAGUUCAUGAAAUGAGACCUGCCCUGCUAAGCCAACUCUCCGAAAAGCCGCUCCAGUCCUGAACAUGGUUGCUGCUCUGCCUAUCUGCAACACUUAACAUGUUUUGUGCACUGGCAGAGCACUUGACACGAAACAGGUGUUCGAAUUUGGGCUUUAAGCACCCGGUUCUAGUUCAUGUUACAAAGUUAACUUAUUGUGUAAACAGCUUUUCUAACAAUGAGGCCAAUACGCAGUCAAUUGUGUGCUUGAAGUCUUGGAAAAUUGUAUUUUAGUUGCCUUGAUCAAGUGCCACAAGUAACGGCUUUUUUUGUUUUGUUCUUGUGGCUUAAUUGUUCUUCUUAAAAUUGAAAGGAUGCUAUUUCAACAACCGUUUCUGAGCGACUCUGGACAGUUCCACUGAUGUGGCAAGAAAGGACGCUUGGGUGACUUUAUAACAGGGAAGGGAUGUGCAUCUUUGUCCUUCCCCUACUUUGGAUGAGACCAGAAGUGUGGGGAGAGGAAGCACAAAUUACUCAUGCUUCCCAUCAUGCCUCUUCUGUGGGGCAACGGAAGCAGAUCUCAGGCACUUAACCAGUCCUAACUGGUCUCGGCUGGCAAAACUGCACACUAAUGCAAGGCUGGUCGGUCUGUUCAGCUCCAAAUGGCUAAUAUAAACCCCCAUCAAAACAGUUAAAUUAAAGUUGAUCGUCUAAUGUGGAACACAUGAGCAAUUUUUUAUUGGUGCAGACUGAUUUUGGAAGAGUAGUUUUAACCACUUAGGUCUGCUGAUGCUUGUCAGAAGUAGCCCAUUUCUUAAUCUGAGUGACUAACUAAAUAGGCGCUCUUGUUUUUGGCUGAGACAAGCUGAUUUUUAAAUGCUUCUGAAAAGCAUCUUUGGAUAAAUGCUUUUGGUUGUGAGAACAAUCUUUGCAUGAACUUCCCCAUUUCUUUGUUUUUCUCUUGGGGAAGAAAAAAUGUACGUAGGGAACAAACACCCCAAAGCCUGAAAUUGAUUGUCUUCAAUUCUGACACCUGUGUACCUCAUUUCUUUCUCACUGUGACACACAUUGCUGCCAGUAAGAUGGGAAUAUGAAUGAAUAAAUAUGUAAUGGGGCUCUGACUGCUGUCCUACAAUAAGAUAAAACUGUAACUCCCAUUGCGUGGCAUGGGACAGACUCUUGAAUUGGAAUAAUCCUUUGAAGCUUCUGUUGGUUUCCUGAUACCAUAUUUACACUACUGCUUUUAAGAUGGACAAGACUGGUGGCAAUUUCCUUGGGCAGCACCAUGGCCAGCAUCUCUGGUGUACCUCGGCCAAUUCUUAACAUGGAGUUUUAACUACAUAGGAGUGCUGUCAUGGGUUACUCCCAUAUCUGAACAUAAUUAAUGUAUUAGGAGCUCCAAGAGGUGUUGGAGCAACUGAGUAAUGUGCACAGCAUUCCUAGAGCUGUAAUGGGGGCCUGUUCAGAGGAGGCUGUACUCCCAGGAUUCUACCUUUGAGGAGCUUAGGACCAGCCUUAAGAAUUUUGUUCUCUUUCUUUUCCCUUCUCCUCUCUGGGGAAGAAGACGUGGAAUGAACUGGGGAGAAUGGUUUAUGUACCUGAUUCUGCAAGAUAUUAUCCAGUUAGAGUUUGUGUUCAAUUAAAGGCAAAAUCUCCCUUCUUCACAAUCUCUUCUCCCUGUGGUGAGAGGAAACAGGAGGACCAGCUUCCAAUCUCUCCCAGGUACAGUCUUAUAGAGAAACAGUAUCUGAACAUAUCCUUAGAUUACAUGUGGCCAUCUGAAGUUUUCAUGGUUCUUCCUAGCGAAGACAAUUUGUGUUUUAAACUAUCUGAUUUGAUAGGGGUCCUGCAGUUUGUGGUGGGGAUUGCAUUACUCUUCAAGCAUCUCUCUCUCCCUUUUUUAAAAGGUUGUUUUCUAAGUCCUCAAACUACCAACCUCUAGUACAAUUCCUGUUUUGUCUUCUCACAGCCCUAUCUGAUUAGGAAAAAUAUAUAUACGGAGUCCUUUUGUGUGCAAGAAUUGUAGAAAGAUAUUAAGAAUUAGUAGUACCUCUAAUCUCGCUGCCCUUUGGAAUGGAAAGUUCUGCAAACCUUCUGACGAAGAUGUUCUGUGUUUGGAGCGUUCUGGAUGUUUCUGUUGGGGCAACGUCUUGACUUUUCUCAAGUCUUUGGCUUGUAACUGGCAACAGAGAUAGAAAAUACUGAAUGACAUAUGACACUCGUACUUCUAGCUAACUCACCUUAGCAAGUACAAAAUUAUAUUUUGCAGAGCUGGUAUUACAAUAAACUAGGUCAAAAUGACUCCAUUAGCCUUAAGGCUGCUAUCCUACAGAGGCCUACUUGUGAGCAAGUCCCAAUGAACUCAAUGGGACUUAUUUUCAAAUAAAUGUGUAGAAGUGGACUGUGUAUGUUAUAAACGUCUGCAAAAAAAGAUCUGUAACAAGUUUCCCCCCAAUUAAAUGUAAUUCUUGAUUGCUGCUUUAAGAAUCACACAAGGAUCUUGUUCUGCAAAAAAACAACAAAAAAACUGUAAAUCCACUUGUUAUACCUUGAAUAAAUGGGUACUUUUUCUAUUAA